AUGGCCUUGAUUGGGAGAUCUUCCUCUCUAUCCGAACUCCUUCUCGGCCUCCUGUCUCUCCUCCUCCUCCUUCCCUGUUCUUCAUCAGCCGCUCGAGUCGUGGCCGCAACCGUAAUAAGAAACCCUUCCUCCCCUGACCUCCCCGUAUUUCGGGAGGCUCCGUCCUUUCGAAACGGGGACCAAUGCGGGCCCGCGUCGAUCCACGUGGCGAUGACCCUCGACAUCAACUACCUCCGGGGAACAAUGGCGGCCGUGCUGUCAAUGCUCCAGCACUCGACCUGCCCGGAAAACCUCUCGUUCCACUUCCUCUCCGCCCACUUUGAGCCCGAGCUCUCGUCCAGCAUCAACCGGACCUUUCCCUACCUGGCCUUCCGAAUCUACCACUUCGACCCGAACCGGGUCAGGGGCAAGAUAUCCCGGUCCAUCCGGCAGGCCCUCGACCAGCCCCUGAACUACGCCAGGAUCUACCUGGCCGACGUCCUCCCCUUAGAGGUCGCCCGCGUCGUGUACCUCGACUCCGACAUCAUCGUCGUCGACGACAUCGACAAGCUCUGGAACGUCGACAUGGAACGAAAAGUCGUCGCCGCUCCAGAGUACUGCCACGCCAACUUCACCCCGUAUUUUACCGACCGGUUCUGGUCCGACCGGAAGCUGGCCAGAACAUUCGAGGGGCGGAAGCCCUGCUACUUCAACACGGGCGUGAUGGUGAUGGAUGUGGAGAAGUGGCGGGAAGGAGGGUACACGAAGCGGGUCGAGGAGUGGAUGGCGGUUCAGAAGAGAGAGAGGAUAUACCAUCUAGGUUCCUUGCCGCCGUUCUUGCUGGUUCUGGCCGGAAACAUCAAGGCCGUCGAUCACCGGUGGAACCAGCACGGGCUCGGCGGGGAUAACUUCGAAGGGAGGUGCAGGAAUCUGCACCCCGGGCCGAUCAGCCUGUUGCAUUGGAGCGGGAAAGGGAAGCCAUGGCUGAGGCUCGAUUCGAGGAAGCCGUGUAUUGUGGAUUAUCUGUGGGCUCCUUAUGAUCUCUACCGCUCCUCCAAGCAUGCUUUGGAAGAGUGA